UUAUUUGCAGAUACUUGGGGGAGGGAAUUUGAACUGCAAUUGAGCAAUGAAUAAUUUAACCAACUAUAAGUGUAAUCACCAUUAAAAAAAUAUGAGCUUAAUCUUGCUUUGGGUGCAAUACUGAAUUCUGGUUUGCUUGUUUAUCUAUUUAUUUAUAUCUUGAUGGUGUAGUGUGGAUUUGAGAGGCUUAAUGGAACAGAACAAGCAGAACUUUAUCCCGCCAUCAUCACGGAUGACUAAUUAUAUUGUUCUUAAGUUUGGCAAUCUUGCUGAUUCCUAUGGUACUGGUCCUUCCAUCAGUGGAAGUAACUGCUGUUACAUGGUAGUUUUUCAGUAUGGCUCUAUAGUCUUGUUUAAUGUCCCUGAACAUGAGGUUGAUGGCUAUCUGAAAAUCAUAGAGAAACAUGCAUCAGGAUUGCUUCCUGAAAUGAGAAAGGAUGAGUAUGAAGUAAGAGAAAUGCCAACUCUAAACACAUGGAUGCAAGGUGGAUUGGACUAUAUUAUGUUACAGUUCUUGAAUAUUGAUGGCAUCCGUACCAUUGGUAGUGUCCUUGGUCAAAGUAUUGCCCUUGACUACUAUGUCCGUCAGGUUGAUGGGAUGGUUGCAGAAUUUACAGACAUAAACCGUGGGAUGGAGAAAACUGGAACAUUUACCAUGGAUAGCAAAAAGCUUUUUCAAAUAGUUGGAAAAGCAAAUUCUAAUCUUGCUGAUGUGAUUCUUAAGCUAGGACUUUUUGAGAGAUCAGACAUUGCUUGGAAAAAUGCCAAAUAUGCUCAAAUAUGGGAAUAUCUUAGAGAUGAAUUUGAAUUAACCCAAAGAUUUGCCAGUCUUGAUUUCAAGCUCAAGUUUGUGGAGCAUAACAUUCGGUUUCUUCAGGAAAUUCUUCAAAAUAGGAAAUCAGAUUUUCUGGAGUGGCUCAUCAUUGUAUUGAUUAGUGCAGAAAUCGUCAUAUCUCUCUACGACCUUAUUACGAAGUCUUUAUGACAUUGACCAAUUGGUUUUGCGGCUAUACCAAGACUGACUGCACAUGUACAUUCUGCUUAGUUGUAAAUAAAAGUAUGGGAUUUUCAUCCAGUUCUACCGAUCAUUCAUUUUUUCAAAAUUCCGUUCAUCUUGUCUCGUCUCUUAUUGUCACUAAAAUAUUCAUUAUUGA